CUUCCGGAUGAUUCAUGGGAGGAAGACGGUGGACAGAGCGGCUUCUGUGCUCUUCCCAGGAUGGAAGCAGCAGCUGGCAGUUACAAUUUUCUUUGAAUCUUAUGGACAAAGAAGAUGGCAAUGAGAGUACUCUGGACAAAUAAGAAUAACAAGUACCAUUGAAAAGGAAAGCAAAUAUUUUCCAUUUCCUUCAGAAGACCACACAUUUUUUUUUCCUUCGCCAGCAGGAGAGAAACAAAGGGGAGAAAAUCAAGAAGAGAUUUCUAGCUGGAAAAAGUAGAGUAUGUGGAUCUCAAACAUACAUGAAAAGUCAAGGGAGAUUAUUUUUCCAUUCAGCAAAAGAAGGGAAAUAACUGGAAGUCAGUGGGGAGGAAAAGGUCACUUGGAUAGUCACGUCAGGCAGAUAACGAUGCAGCCCUUGCCCUGGGAGUAAGAAAACGGCUGGAAUCACAGUAACACUAAACAAAGAAUCAUACAUAUUUUUGACAUCCUCAAGAAUAUCAGUGGAGUAAAAGCUCCAUAGAGGUGCCUGUUGUGGGGAAGAUACAAAUCACAGCUGAUUAUGCAUGAGAGGAUACAAACUGGAGAAAAGCCAUAUAAAUACUCAAUGUGGCAAAAGCUUUGCUCACAACAGCUUCCUUGUGGUUCAUGGAAAGACUCAGACAGGAGAGAAAAAAUACAAGUGCUCCCAAUGUGGUAAAUACUUUAGUGAGCAUGGCGACAUUGGAGGACUCAUACCAGAUAGAAAACAUAUGAAUGUCUAGUUUGUGUGAAACUUUCAUUGGAAAUUCCCACUCAUGAGAAAACAGAGGACUCAUACAGGAGAGAAACCCUUUGAAUGUCCUAUCUGUGGGAAAUGUUUCAGUCAGAAUUCCCAUUUGGUGAUUCACCAGAGGACUCACACAGGAGAGAAACCAUAUGAGUGUCCAGAUUGUGGAAUAAGUUUCAUUCAGAAUUCUGGUUUGGUGAGACACCAGAGGAUUCACACAGGAGAAAGACCCUUUGAAUGCCCUAUCUGUGGGAAAGGUUUCAGUCAGAAUUCCCACCUGGUGACUCAUCAGAGGACUCACACAGGAGAGAAACCCUUUGAAUGUCUUGACUGUGGGAAAUGUUUCAGUGAUAAUUCUAGCCUGGUUAGACAUCAGAGGAUUCACACAAGAGAGAAACCAUUUGAAUGUCCUGAUUGUGGGAAAAGUUUCAUUAAAAAUUCCCACCUCAUUAGUCACCAGAGGAUUCACACAGACAAACCAUUUAAAUGUCCUGACUGUGGGAAUCAUUUCACUCAGAAUUCCUACCUUGUGGCCCACCAGAGGACUCACACAAGAAAGAAACUCUUUGAAUGCCCCUAUUGUGGGAAAAGUUUCAGUCAGAAUUCUGGUUUGCUGAGACACCAGAGGAUUCACACAAGACCCUUUGAAUGCCCUAUCUGUGGGAAAGGUUUCAGUCAGAAUACCCACCUGGUGACUCAUCAGAGGACUCAUACAGGAGAGAAACCCUUUGAAUGUCCUGACUGUGGGAAAUGUUUCGGUGAUAAUUCCAGCCUGGUUAGACACCAGAGGACUCACACAGAUGAGAAACCUUUUGAAUGCCCAGUUUGUGGUAAAAGUUUCGGUAGGAAUUCCAAACUGGUGGAACACCAGAGAACUCACACAGGAGAGAAACCCUUUGAAUGUUCUGAUUGUGGAAACACUUUCAGUAAUAAUUCCAACCUUAUUAGCCACCAGAGGAUUCACACAGGAGAGAAACCAUUUGAAUGUCCCUAUUGUGGGAAAAGUUUCAGUCAGAGUUCCCACCUUGUGAGACAUCAGAGGAUUCACACAGGAGAGAAGCCCUUUGAAUGUUCUGAUUGUGGAAACAGUUUCAGUAACAAUUCCAACCUUAUUAACCACCAGAGGAUUCACACAGGAGAGAAACCCUUUGAAUGUUCUGAUUGUGGGAAAAGUUUCACUCAGAGUUCCCACCUUGUGAGACACCACAGGACUCACACAGGAGAGAAACCUUAUGAGUGUCCAGACUGAGGGAAUGAUUUUGGUACUAAGGAUAGCCUUCUAAAUCAUACACACAGGGGAAAAACCAUUUAAGUGGCCCAAGUGUGCAUGGUGCUUCAGGAAACCUUCCAACCUUAUCGUACACAAGAAAAUCCACACGCCCAAAGUGAUGAGUGUAGACAAAGCUUGAAUUUCAUUUCUGAUGUCCCAUUGUAAGUCCAGCUGAGAAAUUUACUAUUUAAUUUGACUACAAAGAAUUUGCCUGAUUUUUUGUAGGCAAAUAUGUCAUGGUAUUAGAAAGUGGAAAGAAAAAAUUGGAACAUAUUAGUUUGAUAAGCACCAGACAUUGCUGAAUAUUUAUUUUUGCAGUAAUUGUGCAAUUAUUUAAAAAUCUUUUUGGGAGUGUUCUUUACAUUUUUAUUAUGGUAGAUGAUAGAAAUGCCACAGGCAUAGUCCCAGCCUUAUUCUCCCUGGGUGCCCCCGAGAUUUUCAACCCCAGAAUUCUCCAGCCAGCAUCUGUUUGGGAUAGGAGCACUCAGACUAUAGUUGGAGAUUGUGGCUCCUCAUAUAACACUCCUUCAUAUAGCGCAAUAGCACUUUGACUUAUAUACUGCUUCACAGUACUUUAUCGCCCUCUCUAAGCAGUUUACAUAGUCAGCAUAUUGCCCCCAACAAUCUGGGUCCUCAAUUUAACGAGCUCAUUUUACUGAAAGCCAAGUUGAGCCGGUGGGAAUUGAGCUGCCAAACUGCAGGCAGUCAGCAGUCAGCAGAAGUAGCCUGCAGUACUGCAUUGUAACUAUUGCGCCACUAUGGCUCUUAUAAUGAGAAAAGUGAGAGGAGAAGUAGAGGGUGUUCAAAGUCCUUCUUUUCCUAACAGUGCACCAAACAUGCCUGUUCAGAUUGUGUCAAGAAUGAGGCACGCAAGUGGAAGAAACCAUAUGAAUAGCAAAUAUAUUGGGGGAGGUUGGGGCAGUGACAAAACCAGUGUAAAAUUUCAGAUGUAAAGGCUGUUCUUCCCUGCAGGUGGCCUUCAUAGAGAAAAGCUGCAGGAAUAUUGAGUUGAGGAGAAAAGGGAUUGUGGUUUUGUGCACAGGACCUCCAGGUUUAUUCACAAGUCCCACUGUGAUCUCAUUUGUUUUUAGGGGCCUCCUUGUUAGCCUUUGACAGCUGAGGCCUAAGACCAGCUCAAGGGACUGAUACUUUUGUGGUUCUCCCCCUUGGUGGGGAGUUGUGAGAAAAAAAGUGUACAGUAGAUAAUCAAGCAAAAUUAAAUAAAGCCAACCUAAGAGACAGAGGGGAUGGUCUACAGGGCGAGGUCAAAAGCCAUCUCACUCAGACGAACAGUCCAUUUCC